AGAGCUUCCAGGGCUCUUCCACGCUGUCCAGUUGGGCACAGGGAAAGUAAACCGGGCUAGCAGUGCAGCACGUAGCACGACUGGAGUCAUUGAGAGAGGUUUGUCAAAUCUUUUGUACAGCGCCAUGUCGCUUAUUUAUUGGCAUGAUUCGGUUCCUGUUGCACCACAGGAGGAAGAGUCGCAGGUGACUGCAUGGACAGAGAGUCGCUGAUUUCAAUCCUGCCCCGGCCUCCGCGGCACAUGUACGCAGAGGACCUAAAGUUUGGAGCACAUUUAGCACUUUUCGGAACACGAAAACAGAUCGACGGUCGUUCGGAUAAGCACUUCUCAGCUAAAAUUCAAAUUCUCGUAAAGCUCCAGCUGCAAAAGCGAGGACGGGUGCAAAACAGAGGAGUCCGGAGAGGAUUGCAGAAAAAUGGGAGUGGUGAUUUCGCUACCGAUAGGAGUCAGUCGCACACUGGUGGGAGUUGUGCAGAAGUACGUUUUGGGGCAGAACAAACCACUUCGCAUCGAUCUGCCACUUCCAUUCAUUCCCAUUGACGUGGUUUUGGUUUCUGACUCGACUCAGAUCGUGUCCAUAACAGGAAAUCCAGACGUGGAUCGAUUGCAUGCUCAGCCCACGGAGAAGCUCCCCUUCUGGACUCGAUGGUACUUCUCGGGCACUCGGUUUCACAACAAGAGCCACGACAAAUGGUUUCUGGCCUUUGAGCCUCAGAGUGAGACUGUGGAGUACAGCGAGAGGAGGAAGCUCAUCGUGGAUGGAUUGAGCACAGGCUUUGUAGACGCUGAUGUGAAAGCAAUCGCUGAUCAGAUUUCGAGCAACGCCUCUGAAGAAGCCAUUGCUGUUACCAUCACCCAGAUUGUGAAUGGACGGUUCAUGGGGCCAGGGAAAGACUCGAUUCAAUUAGCGCACGUGCAGGAGGCUCGAAAUCUAUUGCAAACGAGCAUCCUCGAUGCUCUGGUCCCGGGCCAUCAGCAAGCUGGAGUGAAAGCUCAAGAGGCUACCUAUGACUUCUGCUCGAAGAACGUCCGGCCCGGUACCAAUGUCAUGGACGCGGCCCACAACGUUGGAAACACUGCGAAUAUCGUAGUUUCUGCAAUCAUGACGCUGAAGGCGAAUGUGGACACUCCGAUCGAGCAUCUGUUUACGAGAAAGGGCAACUGUCCCACUCCCCAAGUGCCCAGGGUCGUCAUGAAGGACACCACCUUGAAUGGUUUGCUGUCGUAUCCCGGGAGACCUUCUUCCACUAUCAUCCUUAUGCAAAUCUCUGAAGCAGCUGAACAAACUAACAGCCUCUUCUUCACCUUUGGGACAGGCAGCGAGAGGCGGGUUUGCGCUUUCAAGGACUUCUUCUUCGAUUUCAUGUCGUCUUUGCAAUCUGAACUGAAAUCUCGACAAAAGUGAUGUACAAUCUCGACAAAAGUGAUGUACGGCAGUCACUUGUACAGUCCGUCAAUGCCAUGUUUGUCAGCAGGUGGUUGAUUCUCUUAGGAAGCUGACAUUCAUCAUUAAUUUGCUUGAACAUGUCUUGUACCGUCUCUUAUUCAGAGCGUGGGAAAGAAUGCCCGAAGAGAAACAUUCUACCUCAAGUCCGUCAUGCAUCUGAAUCUGUCAGGCAUGUCAUUGGCUGUCUCUAAUAGAUAGGCCCAGUUUGUAAAUAGAACGCUCCCCAAAAAUCACAUGCCUUGUGUACAUAAACUCCCCAUUAUUUGGUGACGGGACGAAAGUUCUCA